AUGACCUCCAAUGCCAGGAACCGCCCCGGACGCCGAGGAAACGAUCCCCGAGGUGCGAACUCCCACCAGCAGCGACAGUCCACUUCCGCGUCUGCAGCAUCCCGAGAUGGCAGCUCCAAUACGUAUCAGAGCAGAAGAGGUGGAAAAGCUGGCUCAAAUCUGAGCAGGUCUUCUGAUAACAUUCAAAAUGGCCCUACAACAACCCCAACUACUCCUGCACCAUCAGACGAUCAUGUACCGAUUGCGGGGUUCAAUGCGGAUGUCGUCGAAGCAAUGUUGAAGCAAGGAUACGAGGCCAAAGCACCUCUUCAUAAGCUGGACAACAAACCUCAAGCUACCAACCCCCAGAGCCCCUGGGGCGUCAAGUGUGAGUACAGCCCCGCUCAUCAGACGAUAAGCAUUAAUUCGGUCGAAGCUGGAGCCAUGGCCAGCGGCAAAGAUUUCUGGCUCGACUUGCGCAGACAAGUUUUCGCCUUGCAGCAAACAGGUGGCAUCAGUCAGGGUGGUUGA